AACGGCCAGUCGGCUGCAAAGGGAACGCAUUUCGCUAAAGAGUAUGUGAUAUCCAACGAGGAUCCGUUGAAUUGAAUGAUCUGGGUCCGGAAUCGGUGAGCGCCGACGACCAGAUGGACCAGGGUAAUGGAGCAGGCCCCGAGUUGGGUGACCUGGACUUCCAGUACGCCGAUGCGGACACUCUUGAGCUCGAGAUCGCUGAAAUUUAUUCGUACUCCGAGAAGAAUGAAUUCCAGUCAUGUGCUCAGAAGUUUCAAGAAUUUUCGACCGGCUGGAAACAGGACAAGAAAGUUUCUGUUGUCCGACGACUUCUCGAAGCCGCAGAAAGCGCAAACCCGAAAGUUCGCAAGGAUGCCGUUCGGGCGAUUCUCUACGUGGCACAGGGCGCCUGGGCGGAGCACGAGAUCAAGGACACAGACAUGUGCGACCGGAUACCUCGGGUGAUUUCGAAUAUCCAGGAGAACUGCUUGCUCCUGUAUCGCCUGGGGGCGUGGCCGAUCCUCGUGCAGCUUCUGCGCCUGGAAGCAGAAAAACCGCCCCCCAAAUCGCCCCCCAACGUAGCCAUGGGGGAUUCAAGAAGACUCCGAGACAUUCUGACCACCAUGUGCACCAUAACCGAGGUGUUUCGCCACAUCGGACCCGAGAGUCCAGCGGACGAAAUCGCCCUGAAGAAAGCUUUCUGUGACGAAUUGUCCGGCAGCUUCGAUAACAACGAGAUCAUGGCCGUGAUUCUUCUGAAAAUGAUAACGGCUUUCUGUAACGGGACUUCACAACACUUCCCUGUGAAGAAGCUUCUGUUGCUCCUAUGGAAAACUCUCAUCCUCUCGCUCGGAGGAAUCGAAGACUUGAAGAAUCUCCGAGCGGCUGCUAGGGAAAAGGAAGGUCUGCCUCCCGGCCCACCCGACACGACCGAUGUCGUGCGGACGAUGCGUCCCGCUUCGCCCCCGGCAGCUCUCGUCGACAUGAUCGAAGUUCAACAACAACGCAAGUCUUUCCGGAUGCAGUUCAAACGGCAGAGUCUCGUCAAACAGAGCUCAAUGGAUGACCAAGAAGCUGCGAACAACGUCGAAAAUCAAAUCGAUCCGACCGAAAUGCCGGAUGUUCUUCCCGACGAGCCAAUCGCAGAACCUCUAGUCGUUGGCGAGACUCAGAUUGCGCACUCAGAGUCGGUUGAAAAAGAACCGAAAUCUAAGUCGUCACCUGAGAGCAAAGAGAGACGCUGUUUGCCAUGGCAGCCGAAGGCUGCCCUGAGAGAUAUAGAUAAUUUCCUAGCUCAAGCUCGUAUGAAGUUCGUGGGAUUCCAGCUUCCGAACGACACGACCACGCUUGCUGGCUUGCCCGAGCCCGUACACGAGGGCCUCAGAAUUCUCGAGAAGCACAAAUACACACCUCUCAGCGAAGUUCAGAUCAUGCUCGAAAUGAAAAUCGAAAGACAUCCGUAUACCCAUCCGAUUGAUUUGGCUGACACACCUAUCGAAAGACUCUACCAGGCUCUACUGCCGCACAUGCCGCAGCAUAUGAUCUCGCUGUUGAAAAUCCUUCUGGCUGCGGCUCCCACGUCGAAGGCGAAGACGGAGUCGGUGAACAUUCUCGCGGACUUGCUGCCAACGCACGACCUCACGGUGGAGAACUGCAUGACCACCGUUCAGAGUACCGUGUUGGCCGCGGACAUCAAUCGACACAAAGAAAUACUGGUCAAAGCGAUUUCGGCGAUUCUGCUUCUGCUCGUGAAGCACGUCAAAAUUUCGCACUGCCUGCAGUUUGAAUACCUCGCGCAACAACUGAUGUUUGCCAAUUGCAUCCCGCUUGUACUGAAAUUCUUCAACCAGAACGUUGUUUCCUACGCCGCCGCCAGACAUACCCUCCUGGCGUUCGAGUUCCCUAGAGUGAUCUUAGAAAGCCCCGGAGAAUUGACUUCGGAGAUGCUUGAAGGCUCCACGGAAGUGGCGGGGCAAUUAUACUGCUGGCGUAACGUCUUCGCCUGUAUCAACCUUCUGAGAAUUCUGAACAAACUUACCAAAAACAAACACUCGCGGGUCAUGAUGCUUGUCGUCUUUAAGAGCGCCCCAAUACUCAAGCGUGCCCUCAAGGUGCGUCAGGCAAUGCUUCAACUGUACGCCCUCAAGCUGCUGAAAAUGCAGACCAAGUACCUGGGCCGUCAAUGGCGAAAGACCAACAUGAAGACCAUGUCGGCUAUCUACCAGAAGGUUCGCCAUCGCCUAGGUGACGACUGGGCUUACGGAGGCGAUCUCGACGCGCGGCCGUGGGAUUUCCAGGGAGAAGAGUUUUCGCUCCAGGCUGCCAUCAACGAUUAUCACAGACGCCGUUACGAUCGGCUGCCCGGCAACCAGAACCAAGGCCUGGCUAACGCUCUUGAUUUCUCCGAUAAAGACCCUCUGCUGGACAUUACCCCCGUGGACAACUGCUUCCUCUCCGUGCUGGGACGGCAAUUCGAGCUACUUCCUGAUUUCAAGGAAAAUUAUCGCUAUUGGCUCAAAUGCCAAGUGUACGACGUCUCGAUCGAAUGGGAGAAAUUGCUCGAAUCCCCGAACCUGUAAAUCCAUGUCCGAAGCUAAUACUAUACAAAGAUUGUCCGACGAUAAAUUCUGUCGGACUCAGCUUGUCGAAAUACAAACGAAAGAGGCU